AUGAAAUUCCAACCGAUCAUAUUCCUCACACUGCUUCUUCUGUUCUUCAUGCUUCAGAUUUUCUAUGGACCAUUUCAUCCUAUCCUGAGUGACAAUGUCUGUUUUCCCCAUGUCUACCAGAUAGCACACAAGGAUACAUACUUGCCCCAUGCCAUGGUCUUUUUGAUGCUUUAUUUUACAUGGACCUGGAUAGGGCUUGUCAUCUCAGAUAACAACCAGGGAAUUCAGUUUCUUUCAGACUUGAGAGAAGAGAUGCAAACUAAUGGAGUUUGUUUAGCUUUUGUGAAUGUGAUCCCAGAUAGCAUGCAGUUAUACAUGACAAGUGCUGCAAUAUAUGAUGAACAAAUCGUGACAUCAACUGCAAAUGUUAUCAUUUAUGGUGAAAUGUACUCUACUCUGGAAGCCAGCUUCAGAAGAUGAGUAUAUCUAGGUAUUCAGAGAAUCUGAGUCACCACCUCACAAUGGGAUGUCAUCACAAGUAAGAAAGGAUUCAGCCCUGACCCCUUCCAUGGAACUAUCAUUUUUGUACAUCACCAUGUUGCUAUUUCUAAAUUUAGGAAUUUUAUGCAAACAAUGAACACUUCCAAAUAUCCAGUAGACAUUUCUCAGAAGAUCAGAUCUCAUGGUUUUGCUGUCUUAAAUAGAAUAAAAUCCUGGUGGUUGUGGGCAGCGGAUAUGUGUGUCAGGGACUGA